AUGCAAGACAUAACAACUGCAGCAGUAUUUUUUAUGCAAAGUCAUCAAGAACAAUUUAAAAGACUUGGAAUUCCAUCAAAUUUAAUUAUUCCAUUAUAUCAUAAACUUGUUGAACAAACUUUUGAUGCAGGAAAAGUAUUUCAAUUUUGUGAAAUGCCAGAAGGUAUUGUUCCAGAAAAUGGAAGAAAAAGUCCAUUUGGAUUAUUAUGUAUUAAAGAAGAAGGAAUAGAAGCAAAUUCCGAUAUUUUUCUUAUAGAACAUCAUUUUACUGCAGAACGUGAAGAUGCUAUGAUGGCGAUUGCUAAAAAUCCACAAAUUUUAGUUGAAUAUGAAGAACUUUUUGGAUUAAAUUCAGAUGAUGCAGAUCCAGCAACAAGAUUGCAAAGAUUUUAUGAUUUAAUGUGGGAAUAUAAUUUUUCUCUUCGUCUUAGAUCAGAAGAAGAAAAUAAAGAAAAAUGUUUAUGGUAUCUUCUUGAUAAUGUUGGAAUUUCAAUAAUAUAUUCAAAAACACCAAAUUGUAAAUUAAUACCAUUUUAUUUCAUUCCAACAGAAACAUUUUAUACAUUACUUUUACCAAUUCAAAAAAUUGAAUAUGCAGAAAUGAUUAGUUGUGAUUAUUUAACACCACUUCAAUUAUUACCAGAUGAAUAUACUGCUAUUCCUUUAAGAAAUAGAUUUAUUGAAGCACAAGAAGUAGUUGAUGAAAUGAUUAAAUCAUAUGAAAAAAAAGAAAUAAUAGAAGAAAAUAAAUUAGUAGAGUCAUAUCAAAUUAAACAACAAGAAUAUAUAAGUUCACCAUCAAAAAUAUAUAGUCAAAAUGAUUUAAUUAAAAAAUAUUUAACAAUUAGUCCAUUUGAACAUACAGAAAUAAUUAAUGAAAGUGAUGGAAUAUUCUUAUUAAAUUCAUUAGAAGAUGAAGAAAUUGAAAUGUUUAAAGGAACAAGUGUAUACAUUGAUCAAUUUGAAGGAGAAAAUUCACUUACAAUAAAUAAAGAAUUAUAUCAUACACUUAAAUUAGCAUAUGGAAAAGAGUAUAUAAAAAUUAUUCCAGAAACAUUUGAUUUUUCUAAUCUUGAAGAAGUUAAAGAAUUUGUAAUAACAUAUUUUAAAAGAGAAAAAGAAGGAAUGGAUAAUUAUUGGAUUAUUAAACCUAUUACAAGAACUGAAGGAAAUAGAAAUGGUAUUUUUAAUAAUAUAAAUGCUAUUAUUAAAAUAGCUAAUAGUAUUCCAUGUAUUAUUAGUAAAUAUAUUAUAGAACCACUUCUUAUUAAUGAAAGGAAAUUUGAACUUCGAUUUAUUGUUUUAAUGAAAUAUGAUGUUAUGUGGAAAAGUCAAAAACCAGAUAUUUAUUUAUAUGAUAGAUUUUGGAGUCAUUUUACUACUAACACAUUUAAUUUAGAUGAUUUAAAUGAUUAUGAAAGACAUUUUACAAGUAAAAAAUAUGGAAAUAAAAUAAAUACAAUGGGUGAUAUUGAUUUUAUUAAACAAUUUAAUGAAAAAUAUGGAGAAGAAUGUAAAUGGGAGAAUUUAAAAGAAAAAAUUGAAAUAUUAAUAAGUAGAACAUUUGAUGCAGGAAUUCAAACACAUAAAUAUAAAUUUGAAGUUAAUUCAUGUGCAAUAUAUGGUGUUGAUGUUAUGGUAGAUUCUCAUUUUAAUCCAAUUCUUCAUCAAAUUAAAUUUCAACCAGAUUGUACUGAUGCAUGUGAAGAUGAUAAUGAGUUUUAUAAUAAAAUAUUUACUUGUUUCUUUAAAGAACAAUGUAAUGCUAAACAAAUUUAUUAA